AUGGGUUCAACUUGGAUCGCCGACAUACCUCGCCCGGGGUCGACCGAUGUUGCAAACGGGCCAUUUAUCACGAAUGUAGAGCAUUUGUCAUCUUAUAACUGGAUUGAGGCGCCCGGCCCCACGAUCGUGGUCCCCGGGUGCCCGCCUCUUUGGUCCCCACCCCCGACCCCCAAAAAAGUGGCCAAAGACUCAGGGCUCAUUUACAUUGCUCAAAACGCGUUUCGCCAUCCGGAAAGUCCACUAGAACCACUUUUUCGCUCGCUGUACACUGAAAACCCUUCGUACAACAUUCGCGAAGUUGACUUGAUAACUGAUAGAAACAACGUCCGCAAACUUCUGUCAUUUAUCAAUUCAAAUACCUCCAGAAAUGGACCGGAGCCUUUCAACAUUGAAAUUGAGGCCACAGGCAAUACCGUGAUUUUUUGUCGGGCAGAGACUGAAACAUAUACAUUCAUUGGGCCACACGACUUCAAAGGCUACGGUCACGAGUUUGAGAAAGCCUUCACAACAAGCCAAGUAUCUGGCAGCACUGGACAUCAUCGGGUUAUCUCCUAUAACUUGAGCGAUUUGAAACUCAUAAUACGCUACGAGACUGACGCUUAUGUUGAAGAGGCUUUGAAACUUCAGCGUCGAAAUGAAGGCUCAGAAAAUGAGAAUUUUCUGACCAUGAUGGAGAAUCUGUCGCUUUCGCGACCUGAAACUCAUUCUUUUCGUGCCACGGACUCUAAAUUGGUGGUUCAGAAAAAAGGCAGACAGGUUCCUAUUGCUUCAACUCUGGAGAUCAAAACUCGCGUGGCCCACAAACCCAUCAAUAUCCAAGAGGUUCUUCCACAGCUGUGGGUAUCGCAAACACCCAACCUUGUCCGUGCCUACCACCAUGGUGGCACAUUCAGACUGCCGGAAGUCAAAAAUGUCACUCGUGAACUUGCUGAAUGGGAACUCCUACAUGCUGAUGACCUUGCAAGAUUAGUCUUAUUGAUCAAAGCAAUCACGAAAGUUGUUAGAGAGAAUGGUGGGAAUGCCGUCGUGAAAUAUGACGGUCGAAGUGACAGCCUUGCAGUUUUCAAAAGAGAAGGGGCCAGGAUGUUGCCCGAUGACCUUUACCGGAAAUUCAGCGACAAAACGCAAUCUACUGAAGCGGUUGAAUUGCAUUCUCGCAAAACCAGACUCAAAAUCGGGGAUACUUUCCACGAUGUUGAUGUCUCGACGAUACCAUAUUUUUCAGCCCUUGUUAGAUUUCAGCGUACUUCUCACCCGGAAAGGACUGAGUUUACUCACGGCGAUAUUGCUUUGUUUGACAUUGCUCUCAGGGGCUUAGAAUCAGGCUACCGGCAAUGUUUUCGCGCUUUGGGAGAGGAUAUCCCUCAGUACCACACGCUCUGUGAAACAUAUGAUUUUCUCGGGGUUGACGUACUUGCCGGACAGUCAAUUGAUACUAUUUUUGCUGAUUUGAGGGCCUGCAAAACCGAUUAUCAACUCGAAUAUAAGUAUUAUCGAGCUAUCAAGGGCGAUAAAUCUCGAGCACGGGACGCGGCAUUUCGACUGCUAUUCUUGAUAAUACUUGGCGAAUUCAAUGACGAAAAUAAAGACCGUGCCAAGGUUUACAAUGCCGUGUUAUUCGUUGUCUCGCAUCCAGGCACUUUCAAACAGGGCACGAGAGUUGCAGUGCGGUCGUCCUUUGACGAGCGCUUUGUAUUGUCCACAAAGCAACGAAUCCAACUGGAUCGCUGGAAAAGAGAGGAUACUACCACCCGGUCAGGCGACGAAGGCACAACCGAGGAGGAAUAUGACGAGUUAUAUCUUUCUGACGGGUCUUAG